UGAACUGUUGACGGAUCAUAGAAGCCCAAGCAUAUGUCAUAAUAUGCAAUGCAGUCGAUAGCCGCCAGGGUGCGCAGGUUUCCAACCUAUAACUAGUCACAUGACACAAACUGAAGAUGUCAGCGACAGAGGAGGACACGGAACUCAGAGAUCUACUGAUCCAAAACUUGGAAAACAGCGGUGUUUUGAAUAAAAUUAAGGCAGAGCUACGUGCAGCUGUUUUUCUUGCCUUAGAAGAGCAGGACAAAGUUGAGAAUAAAACCCCUCUUGUUAAUGAAAACCUGAAAAAGUCCCUCAACACAAAGGAUGGUCGCUCGGUUGCUGGUCUUAUCAUUGACUUCCUGCAAGUCUUCAAUUUAGACUUCACCCUAGCAGUGUUUCAACCUGAAAUUAGUACGCUCAAUGGGAUUGACAGUCGUGAAACUCUGUCUAAAGAGCUUGGCAUAUCGGAAUCGGAGGUGAAUAAAAACACCCCUCUUCUUCUAGAGUUGGUGAAAAGGGGCUGGCAUAAGGACAAGACCUCCAUUUUCACAGAGGGAGAUCAACGGUUGACUGAGAGAACUAUUCCCAAGGUACUUUACCGCCGUUGUGUCCAUGUUAUCUGUCUAGAUUUCUCCGUAACCUGUUUUUUCACCCACACGUACAGUAAGUACAGGUGGGGUUGA